AUGACCCGGUUCGUGGGGUGCAUUGACUUGCACAAUGGCCAAGUGAAGCAAAUUGUGGGCGGUACUUUGAAAGAGGACCAAAAGGAAGACUUAAAGACCAACUUUGUAUCGCAACACUCAUCUAGUUAUUAUGCUAAGCUGUACAGAGAUAACGAGGUUUCCGGAUGCCAUGUCAUCAAGUUAGGACCCAACAACGACGAGGCUGCCCGCCUCGCGCUGGCCUCAGUGCCCGGAUUCUUGCAAGUCGGUGGCGGCAUCAACUAUGACAACUGCCAGGAGUGGCUAGAGAUAGCCAGCAAAGUGAUCGUCACAAGCUGGCUCUUCAACAGCAACGGGGAAUUCCAGCUUGCAAACUUGGAAAAAAUCUCCAGUAGAUGCGGUAAGGAUCGCUUGGUUGUGGAUUUGAGCUGCCGAAAGGUGGAGGACGGCACAUCGCACAAGUGGGUGGUGGCCAUGAAUAAAUGGCAAAAACUCACAGACUUGGAGCUGAACCACGACACAUUUUCACGCUUAAGCCAAUACGCGGACGAGUUCUUGAUUCACGCUGCUGAUGUCGAAGGCCUGUGCCGCGGCGUGGAUGAAGCGCUGGUCGCCAAGCUCUACGAAUGGACCGAGCACCUGCCACACCUCAAAAUAGUAUACGCAGGAGGAGCCAAGAGUAUACAGGACUUGGCACUCAUGAAUAGGCUGAGCCACGGGAAAGUCGAUUUGACAUAUGGUAGCUCUCUUGACAUAUUCGGAGGUAACCUAGUCGCCUUCAAGGAAUGUUGCGAGUGGAAUCACAGAGACCACGCCCAAUAG